UUAAAAUCUUAUAACCCCUUAAAAGCCCAUGUUUACAAACUUUAUAAUAUUACACAAUUUCUUCCUUACCAAAUAAAAUGCGAGUGUGUUUGAGUACAAAUUGUGUACCUUAUACUUUUGUAAACCAACUCAACUGGAAAUUUAUUUUAUGAAUUUAGUCGGUUUACAGAAAGAAGUUAUAAUAUUGGGGCUUACUUAAGUUUAUACGCAGACCGGUCCGUCUAGCGUCUACCAAAUUUUGUCAGUAAAGCCAAUCACAUGGCCGGUGCAGCACCAAUGGCUGCGAUACUUCGAACCGGAAAAUUUUUGCGACUUUUCUCCGGUGUCGCGCGUAAUUUAGCUGCCAGUACUGGUAAAAGUGAAGAGACAGGAUUAGUGCCAACUACUGGAUUAUGCUUUGACAACAAUUUUUUAAGUCAAGCCAACUUUUCAAUACAAAAUGUGCUGCCUUACUUGGGAGUUUCAGAUUCGGGACAUGCGGAAGAUAGGUUGUGUGGAACUGUGUUGGAUCAAGAACUCCAGACUGACAGAUCAGCUCUUGUAUCUUCCAUCUGGUUUAUGCUCCUGGAAAAGAAGCUUCCCAUCACCGUUGUCCACUUCAAUGCUCUGCUCCGGGUACACCUGGAGAACAAACACAGGUUCAAUCCGGACUCGAUCCUAGAGGAGAUGAAAACCCACCAGGUGGAGCCGGACAAGGAAACCUAUCAGUGCUUUAUCUCCUCCUACUGUCAGGAGGGAAAUAUAGACGGAGCUAGCCGGAUCCUGCAGACAAUGAAGCUCAAGGGGUUCAAGGUCAACGAGAACAUCUUCAACUCCCUCAUCAUCGGGCAUAGUGAGAACGGGGACAUGGCCAGGUCCCAGGGGAUUCUCAAGGUGAUGAGACAGUGGGGGUUAACUCCGUCCACUGAGACAUAUCUCACCCUAGCUUGUGCCUUCGCUAAGCAUGGAGAUAUCUCCUCCAUGGAGAAGAUUAUCACCGAGUGCGGUAACCAGGGACUCGGAGGAUUCAAGGACGGAGAUUAUCUUGAACUCCUGUUUGUUCUGUGUGAGAAUAAGCACCAGGAUCAGGUUGGGUGUAUGCUGAUGAACCUGCACCCGGAGUCAGAGGAGUUUGGAUACCUCUCAAGUCAUAUGGUGGUCAGAUUGGUGAAUGCAGGGCACGAUGAUGUUGCAUACAACCUUGUACAGUUUACUGUAGAGAAUAGUGUGGAGGAGUCAGGACGGAUGAUAAGUUCCGAGUUCUUGAAUCAACUGGUGAGAACGAACACGUCGGUUUCAAAGUUACUCUGGUUCUUGAAGGAUAUGUCUGAACGAAAGAUACAGACCGGAGGACUUGAAACUCUGAUAGACCUGGCGAUAAAGAACAAGAACUCUGCACUAACUAUGAAACUAGCAGACAUUCUUGUGUCUGAUGGAGGCAAGAUUACUAAAAAGCAGUUUAAAAACAUGCUGACCUUAGCUCGCAAGAGUAGUGAUAAAGAUGCAUCCGAAAUUAUGUUAAGCUGUGUUAAAAUUGGCAGCGUUUCAAAACACAUGACCCCGGAAAUUUUAAAGAAGCAUGUAUUUUCACAAUUAGACACAUGGCCUGAACUAACCAUAGCCCAGCUAGAAGACUAUGGCUUAGAACGGGAUCAGACUGUUACCCCAAUGAUUGAAUACUUAAUCGGCCGUGGGGAGACAGAAUCGGCGGCUACUGUUGCCGGAAUAUUUUCCGAGCAUGUGGAUUCUAAACUGAAGUUCCUGACAAGCGCUACUUCUGGAGUGAGAUCGGUUUGUAACCAUUUCAGCGGAGAUGUUGCUCCUCUGGAGAUAGUUCCUGAGAAGAAAGAUGAGUUAGUUGUGUGUAUGGCUGAUCAACUCAUGACUGAUGAUAAGAUUGAAGAUCUUGAACUAAUGCUAGACACAAGGGAAAGUGUAAAGGAUAGAGAAGUUAUAUAUUUAAACCUUCUCAAGGUGUAUGCUAAACACCAGCUUAUUGACAAAGCGAUUAAUUUAUCCAGACGUCUCCGUGAGGAACAAAUCUGUGUUCCUCAGUUUUAUGAAAUCCUUGGCGAGCUUAUUGAGAGUCAGUACACCAAAGAAUCUGAACCACAACUUGACUCCCUCUCUGUUCCUCAACCCUAUCAUCCCUACUACAACCACAUGAUGCCUGUACCAACCCCUGUAGGACUCCAUUACCUAUCUGGAGGCGAAGCGUCCUAUCAGUACUACUACCCGGUCCAGGGAUUCUAUCCAGGUUUCUACCAAGUCCAACAGCCCGAGGUAUCUCCUACUCCUCCCUAUCCAACCCAUACUCCUGAUCCGAGUGUUACCUCGGAGUCACCAACUCUAAUGAGUGUUGGAGGAGAAAGCUAUUAUUCCUCUCCUGCUGAUCAAACCUUCCUACACAGACAAUUGAAAAGAGCUGUGAACCAUGGUGAAGCGGAGAAAGGAUUAUCUAUCUAUCAAACCCUUGAAAGAACCGGAAAGGUUGUGAAUGUUACUGAGACAAGUUCCUUAAUAGAACAGUUGGUCCGAGCAGAUCUAACUCAUGAAGCAACAGAAAUCACACAAUCUAUGCUCAUGAGAAACACCCAUCCUCUUCCAAAGAUAUUCAGGUUCCUUCUGAACAAGCUUGCUACUACAGGUGCUGUAGAGGACAUCAAUAAUAUAGGACAAUAUCUCUCAACCAAAAUCAAGAAGGACGUGUCUUAUGACAACAGACUGUGCAACGCUUAUCUGAGUGCAGGACGCGGAGCUGAGUUCCUGGACCUGCUGGUCUCCGACCUGGAUAUGGCCGUGAGGGCGGGUGACGAGGAGAUGAUGAAGAUGAUCCAGGACAGGUUCCCCCGGGGCGGAGCCAUGGGGCUCCUUGACAACCAUCCCGAGCUCCUCCCCAAGUUUACAAUCCUAGCCCAGGAGUUUGCCAACAUGGGGUAUGUUGCCCCCAUGAACGUGUUGUGGACUUAUCACUUCAUCAACAACAACAGCGAGGUGUCGGACAUCAUCUGGGAGAAGUACGUCAAGUCGAGUAACCAGAUCAUGUUCCAGAAGGUUUGCCAGGUUGCAAGAUCAACUGGAAACCUAAACCUGGCCUUUGGACUGGUCAAUAAACUAGCAGAUGCAGACCAGGUUACCCCCGGGGCUCGUGGAAUAGCCUACUCCUGUCUACUAGACUGUUUGUGUACUGCAGAACAACAUAAACAAGGGUGGAAUGUACUGCAGGACGCUUUGUCCCGUGGUGUUCAGCUUGAGGACGUGAAUAGGACAGCUUUGGUCCGUCUGAAGACAGGACUAGAGGGAGCAGGACAUAAGUUCCCAUAUCAGAUCCCUCCUAAAAACCCCCGUAGGGAGGAGAGAAGUCUCAGCCCCUCUGAUUGGAACGAGAUGUAAUUCCUAUUUCACAAUCCCCAUGGAUUAGAAUUGGGAAAUCGCAAAAUACAUUUUUCAAGUAGUAUAAAGAGAUGUAAUCCACAAUCCCGAGAAAAACAGGACAUAGAUGUAAUCCCUAUCAUAAUCAAGAGACUGAAUCCAUAUAAUCCAUAGAAUCUAUAAACGCGAUUCCAGAUUUUAAAAGUUUUCACAUUUUCGUGAUGAAUCUUAUUUUAUCACAUUAUUUUCUUCUGUAAACUAUUUGUUUUCAAAAAAUUUAUUUGUAAUUUUCUAUCUCGUCAUUUUUAAAAUUUUGGUUAAAAUUUUGAGUAUAUCCUAGUUGAAAUGUUUUGCGCUUAAAACGCAAAUUGUAAAUGUGUGCAAUUUUUUAUCAUUUUUAAUGAAAGUUGGGGGGGGGGGGGGGGAUUUGAGGAAAUUAGUCAGAAAAUAUCGUUAAUUUGCAACAAAUUGUUGCCUUAUGUGUAUGUAAAUGUAAAUAAAUAUUUCACAAUAAAUUUUUAAAAUGA